ACAAAGGUUCAUAUCAUCACAUAGGAGAGUGCUAUAUAUACUGGGAGAACAAUAGACUCUGUUCUUUUUUUCUUGGUAUUAUCCAGAGAUUUGCUUUCUACUGCCCUGACUUAAAGCAGAGUACCUCUGUGGUCGAUCUGUCUCCUUUGGCCCCAAAAUGACAGUAAUUGCUGCAAUCAUUUGUUCUCUCUUAUUUUCCAUUCUCUGUGAAACAAGUGCAUUAGUGUUACCCAACUCCACUGACCUAUUCUUGUCAGACAAUAAUUUCACUGACAUCAAGACAGCUUUGGCAGCUCAUCUGGACUCUGCAAAAAUUCCCAAAGCCAGGCGGAAGCGCUACAUUUCACAGAAUGACAUGAUUGCCAUUCUUGAUUAUCAUAAUCAAGUCAGAGGCAAAGUCUUCCCACCUGCUUCCAACAUGGAAUACAUGGUUUGGGAUGAAACUCUUGCCAAAUCUGCUGAGGCUUGGGCUGCUACAUGCAUUUGGGACCAUGGUCCUUCCUAUCUUCUGAGAUUUUUGGGCCAGAACCUGUCUGUAAGAACUGGAAGAUAUCGAUCUAUUCUCCAGCUGGUAAAGCCAUGGUAUGAUGAGGUGAAGGAUUAUGCUUUCCCUUAUCCUCAAGACUGCAACCCUAGGUGCCCGAUGCGAUGUUAUGGACCCAUGUGCACCCAUUACACACAGAUGGUUUGGGCCACUUCCAAUCGUAUAGGCUGCGCAAUCCACACGUGCCACAAUAUGAACGUCUGGGGAUCUGUUUGGCGGCGAGCUGUUUACUUGGUAUGCAACUAUGCCCCAAAGGGGAAUUGGAUUGGAGAAGCACCAUAUAAAGUUGGAGUUCCAUGUUCAGCUUGUCCUCCAAGCUAUGGAGGUUCUUGUAUCGACAAUCUUUGUUUCCCAGGAGUAACAUCAAACUACUUAUACUGGUUUAAAUAA